UGACUUGAAAAUUCAUUACAAAACACGAAUCAACUCAAUUGUGAGGUGCGUGGCCCCACCCCUGCUCUUGACAGGAAGGUGCCUCUGCUGCCCAAUGCGCGUUCGAUAUCCCUUUCAUUUCUUUCUCUACUUUUUCUCCACCGAAAGUCCAUCUUCUUUACAGUGUAAGAUCCGUAAGAAAAUCAUUGGAAACUUACCAAUACGAGUUCUUGACCUAAAGGAACCGGAAAAAAUUCGAAGUCAUUGGAAUAAAAAGAAAGUAAAGGGCUUUGGAAGUUGGUUACUAAGAUACCAGAAGAAGAAAAAAUAUUGAGCCUGGCUGGAUCUUGUGCCUCUUUAGCCAACACCUACCACACGGUUUGUUUCGUCUAGAUUCAUGAGCAGGCCUUAUACAAAAUAGCGUGGAAAGCAAUUGCUGAACCAAGCGAGCUAGUUGAGGCCAGAAGGGAUCGUUACUAGUUUAUCGCUAUAGGGAUUUUCAUGGCUUCCACCAGCGUGCAAGGAAUAACCUCAUCUUCAUCUUCUCCUCCACUAUAUAAGUAUGAUGUGUUCCUUAGUUUUAGAGGCAAAGACACCCGGAACAACUUUACUAGUCAUCUACAAACUAAUCUGGCACAGAGAGGCAUCGAUGCAUACAUGGAUGAUAGGGAGCUCGAGAGAGGAAAGACCAUUGAACCUGCUCUCUGGAAGGCCAUCGAAGAAUCAAGGUUUUCUGUCAUUAUAUUUUCAAGAGAUUACGCUUCUUCACCAUGGUGCUUGGAUGAACUUGUCAAGAUUGUUCAGGGCAUGAAAGAGAUGGGGCACACUGUUCUGCCAGUUUUUUAUGAUGUGGAUCCCUCAGAGACAUAUGAGAAAGCCUUCGUUGAGCAUGAACAAAAUUUCAAGGAAAAUCUGGAGAAGGUCCAGAUCUGGAAAGAUUGUCUCUCUACGGUGACCAAUCUAUCAGGCUGGGACAUACGGAAUAGGAAUGAGUCGGAAUCAAUUAAAAUAAUUGCUGAAUACAUAUCGUACAAACUAAGCGUCACUCUGCCAACAAUUAGCAAAAAAUUAGUUGGAAUAGAUUCUCGUGUAGAGGUAUUAAAUGGCUAUAUAGGUGAAGAAGUUGGCGAAGCAAUCUUCAUAGGGAUUUGUGGAAUGGGUGGCAUAGGUAAGACGACUGUUUCAAGGGUACUAUAUGAUAGGAUUCGUUGGCAAUUUGAAGGCAGCUGCUUCUUAGCAAAUGUCAGAGAAGUUUUUGCUGAGAAAGAUGGACCACGCCGUUUACAGGAACAACUUCUUUCUGAAAUCUUAAUGGAACGUGCUUCUGUAUGGGAUUCUUCUAGAGGGAUUGAGAUGAUAAAGCGGAGGUUAAGACUUAAAAAGAUUCUUCUUAUCCUUGAUGAUGUAGAUGACAAAAAACAACUAGAAUUCUUGGCUGCGGAGCCUGGAUGGUUUGGUCCAAGGAGCAGAAUAAUCAUAACAAGCAGAGAUAAAAAUGUGUUUACUGGAAAUGAUGAUACUAAAAUUUAUGAGGCUGAGAAAUUGAAUGAUGAUGAUGCUCUUAUGUUAUUUAGCCAGAAAGCUUUCAAAAAUGACCAACCUGCUGAAGAUUUCGUGGAACUAUCCAAGCAAGUUGUGGGUUAUGCUAAUGGCCUUCCACUGGCUCUUGAAGUUAUAGGUUCGUUUUUGUAUGGAAGAAGUAUCCCUGAAUGGAGAGGUGCAAUUAAUAGAAUGCAUGAGAUUCCUGACUGCAAAAUCAUGGAUGUGCUUCGCAUUAGUUUUGAUGGUCUCCAUGAAUCAGAUCAGAAAAUAUUUUUAGACAUUGCAUGUUUCCUGAAGGGGUUUAAAAAAGAUCGAAUAACAAGGAUACUUGACAGCUGUGGAUUCAAUGCAGGUAUUGGAAUACCAGUUCUUAUUGAGAGAUCUCUCAUAAGUGUCUAUGGGGAUCAAGUCUGGAUGCAUAAUUUAUUACAGAUAAUGGGUAAGGAAAUUGUUCGUUGUGAAGACCCUAAAGAGCCUGGAAAGCGCAGUAGAUUGUGGACAUACGAGGAUGUCAGCCUUGCACUGAUGGACAACACAGGAAAAGAAAAAAUAGAAGCCAUUUUCUUGGACAUGCCUGGAAUAAAAGAGGCACAAUGGAACAUGAAAGCCUUCUCUAAAAUGAGCAGACUAAGAUUGCUCAAAAUCGACAACGUGCAGCUUUCUGAAGGACCUGAAGAUCUUUCAAAGGAGUUACGAUUUCUUGAAUGGCAUUCUUACCCUUCAAAAUCAUUGCCAGCUGGUUUACAGGUGGAUGGGCUAGUUGAACUUCACAUGGCUAACAGUAGUAUUGAGCAAUUAUGGUAUGGGUGUAAGAGUGCUGUUAAUUUGAAAGUCAUCAAUCUCAGCAACUCACUAAACCUAUCCAAGACUCCAGAUCUUACUGGAAUUCCAAAUCUCUCGAGUCUGAUUCUUGAAGGUUGUACAAGUUUGUCUGAGGUCCAUCCAUCACUUGGACGUCACAAGAAUCUUCAAUAUGUGAAUCUUGUGAAUUGCAAAAGUUUUAGGAUUCUCCCAAGCAACCUUGAAAUGGAAUCGCUUAAAGUUUUCACUCUUGAUGGCUGCACAAAACUUGAGAAGUUUCCAGAUAUAGUGGGAAACAUGAACUGUUUGAUGGAGCUUUGUUUGGACGGGACUGGUAUUGCUGAACUAUCUUCAUCAAUUCAUCAUUUGAUUGGCUUAGAAGUAUUGAGCAUGAACAACUGCAAGAACCUUGAAAGCAUUCCGAGUAGCAUAGGUUGCUUGAAAUCCCUUAAAAAACUCGAUCUGUCUGGCUGCUCUGAACUUAAAAAUAUACCAGAGAAUUUGGGGAAAGUUGAAAGUUUGGAGGAGUUUGAUGUAAGUGGAACUUCAAUAAGACAACCGCCAGCAUCCAUUUUUCUUUUAAAGAGUCUUAAAGUAUUAUCUUUUGAUGGAUGCAAAAGAAUAGCUGUGAAUCCCACGGAUCAAAGGUUGCCUUCUUUGUCGGGUCUGUGUUCUUUAGAAGUACUGGAUUUAUGCGCUUGCAAUCUAAGAGAAGGGGCACUUCCUGAAGAUAUUGGCUGCUUAUCUUCAUUGAAGUCUUUAGAUCUGAGCCGGAAUAACUUUGUUAGCCUUCCUAGGAGCAUAAAUAAGCUUUUUGGACUUGAAACGCUUGUCUUGGAGGAUUGUAGGAUGCUUGAAUCAUUGCCUGAGGUUCCAUCAAAAGUUCAAACAUUAAAUUUGAAUGGUUGUAUACGCCUUAAAGAAAUUCCAGAUCCGAUAAAGCUAAGCAGUUCCAAAAGAUCAGAGUUCAUAUGUAUUGACUGCCGGGAAUUGUACGAGCAUAAAGGCCAAGACAGCUUGGGGUUGACCAUGCUUGAAAGAUACCUCCAGGGUUUGUCUAAUCCAAGACCUGGAUUUGGUAUCGCUUUUCCAGGAAAUGAAAUUCCAGGCUGGUUUAACCAUCGAAGUAAGGGAUCUUCAAUUAGUGUGCUAGUGCCUAGUUGGAGUUUGGGGUUUGUUGCGUGUGUUGCAUUCAGUGCAAAUGGUGAAAGUCCUUCUCUUUUUUGUCAUUUCAAAGCCAAUGGAAUAGAGAAUUAUCCUUCGCCAAUGUGUAUUAGUUGUAACUCUAUCCAAGUUCUGUCAGAUCAUAUUUGGCUACUCUAUCUAUCUUUUGAUUACCUUAAAGAGCUUAAAGAAUGGCAGCAUGGAUCCUUUAGCAACAUUGAGUUGUCAUUUCAUUCUUUCCAGCCAGGAGUAAAGGUGAAGAAUUGUGGUGUCUGUUUGUUAUAUUAUUCAUCAUCUAAAUCUUCUGCACGUUUUAUUGUUGCAAGCAAAGAAGCAUCAUCCUCUUCAUUUACAUCUUCUUUAUCGGUUUCUUCAUCUUACCGUCAAUGGGUGCAAGAUUUUUUCCUUAGCUUCAGAGGCGCAGACACCAGCAAUGAUUUCAUCCAUUUAAAUACAGCUCUAGCUCUGAGAGUCAUUAUCCCAGACGACAAGGAACUAGAGAAAGUAAUGGCAAUUAGAUCAAGACUCUUUGAGGCCAUUGAAGAAUCAGGGCUGUCAAUUAUUAUAUUUGCAAGAGAUUGUGCUUCUUUACCUUGGUGCUUUGACGAGCUUGUCAAGAUUGUCGGAUUCAUGGAUGAGAUGAGAUCGGACACUGUUUUUCCAGUUUCUUAUGAUGUCAAACAAUCAAAGAUAGAUGAUCAAACAGAGAGUUACACAAUUGUCUUUGACAAGGAUGAAGAAGAUUUCAGGGAAAACGAGGAGAAGGUACAAAGGUGGACGAAUAUUCUCACGGAAGUUUUGUUUUCAUCUGGACCAAGAAGGUUACACCUGACUGAUGCGGAGCUUAUGCUUUACUUGAAGAGGAAGAUAUGUGAGAAUAGUUUUAAGUUUGAUACUAUUCCCGAUGUUGAUGUUUACAAGUGGGAUCCUGAGGAGUUACCUGAGCUAUCCCCAUUGGAGAAUCGGCAAUGGUACUUCUUCGGUCCAAGGUAUAGGAGAUAUCCCAGAACUGGAGCAAGGUUAAAUAGGGCAACCAAACAGGGGUAUUGGAAACCUGCAGGGAGAGUUCGCAAUAUUGUGUGCAAUUCUCGAAAAGUUGGAGUUAAAAAGACCUUGGUUUUCUAUAGAGGCCGUGCACCAAGAGGAGAGCGAACUGAUUGGGAGAUGCAAGAGUAUACUUUGAAUGAAAAAGAACUCAAGGGAUGCACAAAUGUGCAGGAUUGUUAUGCGCUUUACAAGCUUUAUAAAAAUAAAAAGAGAGUUGUCAAGAUAUUCGGUAUCCAAGUUUACCAUGUACCGAAUUGAAUUGGUUUGAUUCAAACUGGUUUUCAGUUCAUUUUGGCUCGUUUUCUCAAGAAAUUAUUGUUUCUGGUUGAUUUUUUAGAUCUAAACUGUACCGAUCCAGACAAUGAACACCCCUAAUAAUCGUCUUAGCUUUAACUUCAACCAGCCAGCAACCUCAAAAUUGCAAUCACAUCAGGCGCAUGGCGUUGCAUCCGCAUUCACCCCCUGACUAUGAACUUGAUUUCCAGGAAAUUCAUCUCUUUGGUCCACAGCCUAUUUUCUCCGAGACCAUGCAACCUAUUGAAAACUUGCAGUUUGGUGGUGGCGGAUUCAGUGAGAUGGACCGAUGGUAUGAGACCAUGUUUCUGCGUGACAAUAUAGAGCCAGCUGAUCAGGAAGUAGUUUUGUGUUUCUGUGAGACAAUAUGUUUAAAAUUAUUAUUUUUUUUAUAUUUUUAAAUCUUUUGAUAUACUUAUGUCAAAAAAAAUAAUUAUUUUACUGUAUUUUUAAGAAAAAACAUUUGAAAAAACAA